CAGGGGACACUCUGAUGCCAUCCAAUCUCUGUCAGUUUCUGCUUCUCAAGAUUAUCUUGUUUCAGCUUCACUUGAUGGAACUGCUCGAGUGUUUGAAAUUGAGAAGUUCAAAUGACAAAAAUAAGACCUCGAGAAGCCAUAUGAGAUUGCAGAGUAAUAAAUUUAUUCAUCAUGCUUACCUUAUUCAUAUUGCCAUAUCUCCAUCCCAAGUAGUCAAAUAUACAGUACUAUGGAAACAUUGUUGUAUAACAGCUGAUCAUAAAUUUUUUGAGUGGUUUGCAUUAGUGGACCUGUUUCUUGUAAAACCAGUGGGUUUGACACUGUGUUCAUAAGGUUUUAUGGAGUUAAAUCAUAGUUUCUUGUUUUAAAGAGUUCUUACUCAUACAAUGGUUAAAGGAAGUUGGGUAUUCCUUAACAACACUUCUACUUCAGUAGAUGAACUUUUCUCUCUUAUGGCUCAAUUAAGGAAUUUCCUUUAAGAGUGGAACAAGAAACAGACUUUUUUUUUUUUUUCUUCUGAUUUUUCCAAUUUUUCAUUUUUUUAAAAAGAAAAAAAUUUUAAAAUCAGAGAAUGCCCAAGUGUGCCUAGGUGCACAUGGGCACUGGGUGGUGGCCACCCAUUGCCUUCUGCUAUAUUGUUGGCUUGGCAAUCAUCAAUGUUUAUAAUCUUCACUACAGUAUUGGGGACAAGAUGUUCUUGUCAAUGGAAUCUUCACACCAAAAUAUUCCUCAGGAGGAGGGGGAAUGUGUUGAUGUCAAACUUACGACAGACAAAAUUUGGAUUUUAAAGGAUAAUGGAUUAGUGUAUAACUAUCUGCUUCAUACAAACACUGCCAUGGAAGAAGCAGGCUGCUAUGUCUCACAAGAAGAAUUCGUUGCAGAUCAGCUGUUUCAAAGUUUGGAAAAUUCUGCAGAUGAUCUUAUUUUGAUGGCUAAUUCAGUGUUUUCAUCAGGAAAGGAGCACAUUUUUCCACUUGUUUCUUCUAUUUUCUUACGAAGACUUCUUCAUCCUGGGGUUCUUCACAACCUAGUUCUACGUGCAACUUUAAUAGAUUAUAACAAGCACUGGACUGAUUCUGAGUUUCAGUCCUUGACUGUUGAUGGACCCAAAAAGGAGAUUCUUUUGCUGGUUGAAGAUAAGACUCUUCCCAAAAGUGUAUCAAUAUUUCAAGGGUGGAAAAACUUUUGUAGGCGCUAUUUCCAUUACUGGUGCAGAAAUAAUGCACCAUGCAGCUUGAUUGUAGGGUCCUCAUCAGGUGCUGUUGGUUUAAUCAGAAAAAGUUCUGUAUCUUUAUUUCGUGGUUUGGAGAACAUUGAGCUACUCAUAGAUGGUUCUCGAGAGGAACUUGGUGAUCUUGUAAGCAUUGGGUUGAAUUCAUUGGAUGAUGAUUCUGAACGAGAGAUACUUGCUGAAUUGCUUAGAUGCACUAUUAAUAUUAGCCAACAGUUGGGCAAAACAACUUAUGCUAUUUUUUAUGAAUCACUUGUUUGCAAACAUAUUAUUUCCCCUGAGGAGAUUGUUCGUCGCUUGCUGAAGGUUCUAGAAACUGGAAAUGGGUCAAUAAUAGCAGAACUCCAUGUAUUUAAUCUUGGAGCUGAUGUUGCAUGGGAAAAAGAGCAGGCAGAUCACAAAAAUCUGAGGAAAUUUUCUGUUGACAUAUUGCUGUCACUUCAUGUUCUUUAUAAAAAAGCAGCCUCUUGGGAGAAAGUUUUUGAUGUUUUAGGGAAGUAUCUGCAGGUUCUUGUUCCCCAGAAAGUUAUAAAAGAUUCAGGUGCUGGAACAUUGUUUAAUAUCAGCAAUUCCAUUGUGGUCCCAGCUGCCUGCCAGAUUGCGAAGGUGAUGUUUGAGUCUGCAUUGGAUAUCCUUCUUUUUGUUAGCUAUUUGGCUGAUAUCAGUUGGCAGAUUGACAUGUCACAUCAUGACAUAUCUAAAAUCCAACUUGAGAUGGUUCCAAUGAUUCAAGAAAUUGUUUUUGAGUGGCUAAUCGUUCUUUUCUUUAGCACUACACCAUCUGAAUCACUUUCAAUUGAAGAUUUUAGUUCUCAACUUUCAUCAUUACACAUUGGCAGCAACACUAAUAAAAAAUUGUGGAAUGAGAAGCUCGGGAAACCUGAUUUCACAUUAGCUUCUAUACUUCUACCAAACAUUCAGAGUUCCUCUGUAGAUGAGAGAUGCCUUUCUUUGGGAUACCUGCCUAAUCCACAUGACAUUAUUAGUAUGGUGCAGAAAUUUACAAGUUGGAUCAUUUUUGGAAAGGUUGGAGACGAAUCUCCUUCAUUCUUAAGGCGUUCAAUUACCCUUUCCCUGAUCCUGCUUAGGCAUGGCCAAUAUGAUGCUCUCAAGUUCCUGCUCUCUAGUAUGGAGGCAAAUUCAGAAAGGGAAAGGAUAUUCAAAUGCAUUCAAGAUGAUGGCAGCGAUUGGUGCUUACUUCAACAUCUUCUUGGGUGUUGUCAUCUUGCUCAAAUGCAAUGUGGAUUACAUGGAAUCCUGAAAGAUAGAAAAGUUUGUGAAGCUGUUCACUGUUUUUUCAGAGCUUCAUCUGGAAAGAGUGCGUCCCAGGCUUUGCAGAGUUUGUCUCCAGAAGUGGGAUUGCCAUAUCUUGGUUUUAGUGGUUUUGUUGCAUCUCCUGCAUGGAAGCUUCUAUAUUAUCAAUGGGCAAUGCAGUUAUUUGAGCAAUAUAAUAUUAGUGAAGGGGCUUGUCAAUUUGCUCUUGCUGCAUUGGAGCAAGUUGAUGAAGCUCUUAGACUGGAUGAUGACUUCUUUGAGAGAGAUCCAUUUAACGAGUCAGCCACCACCAUAAAAGGACGUCUUUGGGCAAAUAUAUUCAAGUUUACUUUGGAUCUAAAUCUCUUGAAUGAUGCUUAUUGUGCAAUAAUUUCAAAUCCAGACGAGGAGAGCAAAAGCAUCUGCUUGAGACGGUUUAUAAUAGUUCUUUAUGAACGUGGAGCACUAAAGGUUCUUUGUGAUGGUCAGUUGCCCUUCAUUGAUUUAGCUGAUAAAGUUGAGCAAGAACUUGCCUGGAAGGCAGAGCGUUCAGAUGUCUUGGCAAAGCCAAAUCCAUACAAGUUGCUCUAUGCAUUUGAAAUGCAUCGACAUAACUGGCAAAGAGCAGCAAAUUACAUAUAUAUAUACUCAUCUAAUUUGAGAACUGAAUUGGUUGCAAAAAAUCAACAAAAAAUAUCAGUGGCACUGCUGGAGAGGCUGAAUGGGCUCUCUGCUGCUAUCAAUGCACUGAAUCUUGUUCAUCCGAUGUAUGCUUGGAUUGAUCCUCUUAAUGAAGCAAAUUUUCUCCACAGUGAGCAUUAUCCAAGUAAAAAGGCUAAAAAGACAGUGACAGAAGAAUCAGCUGGCAAGGAUUGGCAGCUUGUGAGGCCUCAAUUUUAUAUUGAUACAGAGAAAUUGGAAAAUGAAUUUGUGCUGGCAUCAGCAGAAUAUUUACUCUCACUGGCCAACGUGAAAUGGACAUAUUCUGGAACUCAAAAACCCCCUUCAGAUUUGGUUGAUCUCCUUCUUCAAACAAAUUUGUAUGACAUGGCCUUCACUGUCCUAAUGAAGUUCUGGAAAGAUUCAGGAUUGAAGAGGGAGCUGGAAAAUGUCUUUUAUGCCAUGUCAUUAAAAUGCUGUCAAAGUACUGUAAGCUCCUAUGUGGCAGGAAAGCACAGCCUCCUGGUGACUUCAUCAAAGGAUGAAGUGAUUUUAGAUGGUUCAGCUGAGAUUGGGCUUACCACUCAACAAACAAAUUUGAAUAGUCAAUGGGAAACUCUUGAGAUUUAUCUUAUUUUUGGGUAUUAAACUUUUAUUAGAAAUAUCCUUAAUAUUGGGGUUUAUAUGGCAAAGAUAGUGAGUUAGUCCUUUCUAUUGUUUGAUUUGGGUGUGAUUUUGCUGCAGGAAUUAGAAGGAAAUUACGAAAUACUGUUUAUGAUUACUGUUCAUGAUUAAUGUUCAAAAUACUGUUCAUGAUUACUGUUCAUGAUCACUGUUCACGCAUUAUGCUUUGAUCUCUUUCAAUAGGAAAUCCUAAUAUUAUUUUGGACAUAUUAUGAAUUUGUUUGACAUGUGUAUGUGUUUGUGGCUAUGGAGUAAGUGGACCUAAGCUUAAAGCUUGGGGUAUUUAGUGGACCUUUCGGGGUCUAAGGGUCUUAGAACCCAAGUUUAUAGCUUAAACUUAUUACUUACUGGGCUGUGAGCUCAUAAAAUUCCCCCCCCAUUUCAGAUCAGUAGAUCGAGGUAGCAGCAUCUCGGUUUAGGAGCUUUUGGCACGGGACUCGCAUGCUCGUUGUAUGUACAAGCUAGGGCCUUGUGUUUUCGAUAAGGAGGCAGAUCGAUGUGUUACCAAAAUCAUGACUCAGCUUUUGUUUUUGAAAAGCUUUGAAGAAGAAUUUGCCUCGUAUAAUUUUUGUGUAAAUUAGCUUUCUGUAUAAAACCUUUAAAUUAAUUAUAAAUGAGCUUAGCUCAGCUUAUUUUAUAACUUUGAAUAUUUUGGCAUUUUCUAAUAUAUAUAUGAUAUUCUUUUUAUUAAAUUGAUUUUUUUGAAUGUAGGCUUUCCUUUUGAAAUAAUAUUUUAUAUCAUAAGUGUUUUUACUUUCGCUGCAAUUCUUUACUAUCAAUUUUGCUUUCGAACUCUCUUAGGACUAAGAGUGCUUAGGGAGGUGUGUUACAUUUUUGGUAUCAGAGCCAAGGUUUUGCUAAUAUAUUGAUCUGCCAUAUGAUAC